AUGGCAGCCAAGCAGACUGCCAGCCUAAGUCGGAAGACCCCAUCAUCUCCGGACUGCUCGAGGCUGAAGUUGCUGGGUAAAGGUAAUGGCAAACGUGAUGCAAAGGUGACAGAAACACCAAAUGCAGUUUCGGAUGUGAAAAAAUGCAUACAUGUGUCUUCUGUAGCCUCCGGAAUCUGGUGCAAACACUUCAAUUUGCUGAUGCUGAUCGCACCCGCCUUAUCCUCUAUCGACGAUGAAGUUAAGCCGAUUUUGCAUGCUCUGAUUGGCCAGACCAAACUUUCUCAGCAACCGCCAAACACCCAUGUGGUUUUUUCACAAGAGUCUGGUAAAAGAUACAGCUUGACUACAGACAAGCACUCGAUCCACCGUCAAUCAACCAUAACGGAAGACAACCUGAACGUCAGGUUGGGUGGGAGGCUAUGUUGCUCUGACAACCGGGAAACAGAUGUGUAA